AUGUCUUCCAGUGAGGAGGCGACGGACAUUUUCGCAACGCUGUUGCAAGACAAGCUCGACAAACAGAUCAGCGAGAUUGUCAAUCGCCUGCACGGCGUGUUCUCUCAAGAGUUGGACGUCGGCUUGGAGCACUUGUGGGAUCGCUUGCAGCACCUGCACUCGUUCAGACCAGGCAGUACAUGUGUUUCGGAAAAGUCCGAAAGUUCCACAAGUUCUGAUGCGGUCCAAGUUGGCAGCGCGGAAGAUUUCGCCAGUUUUGCGGCUCCUCAUUGUGUUCUUGAGCCCGCAUGCAACACGCAGGAUGAUGUGGUACCUGGCGUUCGCGAACCAGUGGAAUCCCAAGCAGCUUUUGGAGAACGCCCUUCAUCCAUUCUCGAAGUUCCCAAGUUGCGUCGACGAAGCACGAUUUGCGGAGACCCAGGAAGGACGGCCCAAGUUGGUGCAGCAGAGAUUCGACACAGUCUUUUGCAUUCCGUGGCAGAGCUUGACGUACCAGAUGGGAGUCAUCAAACGUUUCGGCAAUCGGUCCUGGCGAUGCUGGCAUCACCUGCGUCGAUGCAGACGGAUAGCUGGGAAGUCGAACAUGAGCAGCGAACGCGUUUCAUGAACAUGCGAAUCAGUUUGCAGCGGAGGAUUGUCGAAACAACCUGGUUCGAAGGUUUCGUGGUGUGUUGCAUUGGCCUGAAUACGAUCAUGAUUGGAGCAGCCAGUGAUUGGAACCUCAAGCACAUCAACCAGGAAGAGCCCAAACAUUUUCGAAUAGCAGAAAGACUCUUCGCGGGAAUUUUCGCCUUGGAACUUCUCGUGCGAGUGGUCGCAUACGGCCCAGCCUUCUUCUGGCGAAUGGAUUGGCAGUGGAACUAUUUUGACGUGGUGAUUGUGAGUGUGCAAGUUUUUGAAGAAGUCUCAACUCUUCUAGGGGAUGAUCACCAGGGAGAAAUCCAGCUCAGCACAUCGUCAAGCGCAAUCCGAAUCAUACGGACGUUCCGGCUGUUGCGGAUCCUGCGAAUCGUUCGACUGCUGCGCUUCAUCCAGGAGCUUCGAUCCAUGCUGUUCUCGAUUUUUUCUACUCUUCGAGCUCUUGGAUGGACUAUGGUGCUUCUGGCAAUGAUCAUAUUCGCGGCGGCAGUUUUCUUCGCACAGUUCAUCAUCGAUGCCGGGGCGCUGAACAAGGAGCUCAUGCUGCAGCACCCCGAACUGCAGUUCUACUUCUCGGACUUAUCUCGCACGAUGCUGUCUUUGUACCAGUCGAUGACGGGCGGACUCAGUUGGGACUUGGCUUUGCGACCACUAGCUGACACUGCCGGAGCUUGGAUCGGGAUUCCCUACGCACUUUACGUGGCCUUUGUGGUUCUCGCUCUUAUGAAUAUUGCGACCGGAAUGUUUGUGCAGGCUUCUUUAAGUGCUCACGAGCGGCAAAGGGAGAAGGAGAUUCGAAGGCAACUGCGCCUGUUGUUUCGCAAAGCUGAUCUCAAUCAAGAUGGCGACCUCACCAUGGAAGAGUUUGAUCGCUUCAUAGAGAGUGAGGAUCAGUCGAAGUACUUUCUGAGUGCCUUGGGCAUGGAGGCACAAGAAGCACGAGGCCUGUUCCUGCUGCUGGACACCACGGGGUCUUCAAAGGUAAGCUUCGAUGAACUUCUCGACGGCGUCCUGCGCCUGCGGGGCCCCGCCCAGGCGAUUGAUCUGGCCACAUUGAUGUACUGCAACAAGCGUAUGAUUUCAUGGCUUCGAGAGAGGCUCAGUGCAGUGCAAGAGUCUCUGGAUGUGAUCCACGCGCAGCAUGGGAACGGAGAGCCUCGGAUUUCACGGCCACGUAAAGUGAGUGUUUAUGCGAGCUGGAAGGAGGUCAUGACGCGAGAAGGUGAUCAGCAUCACACCUUGGUCCUCGUUGGAGUGACUGGUGAUGGAAAAAGCUCUACAGGAAAUGCAUUGUGUGGACAGGCAGUGUUUCCAAUUUCUGGCGGUCUUCAUUCAGAGACGCAGGAACUGGCGCACGCAGAUUACCUUCGUGGCGGCAGCUUUUGGAGAAUCAUUGACACGGUCGGCUUGAACGAUACGGGCCUUUCGCAAAAGGAGGUGUUAGAUCGGUUCUCCACCUUCGCUGAAGCAGCGGCCGAAGGAAUCAGCGUCUUCCUGUUCGUGGUGCGCUGGGGCCGCUUCAAACCUGAGCAUGACGAGGCCCUUGCGGCGUUUGCCGCGAACUGCGGUGAAACAGCGCUGCGUCACACUAUGCUUGUCUUCACCCACUGCGAGCUGAGCGAUGAGGCGCUGGUGCGGCAACUCUCGGACCCGUCCACCCCAUCGUCCUUGACACGGUGGCUCCAGCGUAUUGGCGGUGGUGCUGUGGGCAUAGACAAUGCCGAUGGUGCAACUGCAAGGACCCGUCUGCAAAAGGCAAUUGAGAGUGUGGUGAUGAGCACUGGCGGCCUACGGUACGACAAUCAGGCGCUCGUGCAGGCGCGAGAACAGCUAAAAGAAGCAGAGGAGGCUGAGAGAAAGGCAUUUGCAGCUGCCGUGGCUGAAUGGAGACGCGGCACUGGCCCCGUGGUCAUUGAAAGAGAGCCCGGUGUGAUAACACGGCCGCCUGUUGCAGAGUGA